UUUUAUUUAAUCUAUAACAAUUUAUUUCAAGUUCUGUUCUCUACGUGGAUCUUCUACGAAGCAUGGGCUUCUGCAUGGGGCAAUGGUUACAGUUUACGGUGUGAACCCGUAGAUUACUCAAUGAGUCCAUCUGCUAUGAGGGUGGCUCGUGGUUGUUGGUGGUACUACAUUUCUAAGUUUACAGAAUUCUUCGAUACCUUCUUCUUCGUCAUGCGUAAGAAGUACGACCAAGUUUCCACCCUUCACGUUAUUCAUCACGGAAUCAUGCCAAUGAGUGUGUGGUUUGGCGUUAAGUUCACUCCUGGUGGCCACAGCACGUUCUUCGGUUUCCUCAACACAUUUAUACACAUCAUAAUGUACACGUAUUACUUGUUGGCCGCCCUUGGACCACACAUGCAAAAAUAUUUGUGGUGGAAAAAAUACCUGACUGUACUUCAAAUGAUCCAAUUCAUCAUGGUGUUCCUCCAUGCAUCUCAACUGUUGUUCACCGAUUGCGAUUAUCCGAAGGCAUUCGCCUGGUUCAUUUUGAUGCACGCUGUCUUGUUUUACUUCUUGUUCUAUAAUUUCUACAAACAAUCCUACACAAAGAGGGAAGUGAAACAGAAGAUUUCGCAAAAGAAAAAAGACGACGACGACCGAGCGCACAAUAGACCCGUUAGGGUCAUUUCAGAGGCCGAACGACAAAAAAACAAAUCUUUCUGGUCCAAUAUGAGUUUAUUGACCAAUAUUCCAUGCUUCUUGCCAGCCGUCACCGAUGUCGACGAGGAUUCUAGCGACGAAGCCAUCAAAAACAACACGGUGUACUCGAUGCCGCCCCACAAUAGCAUUACUACGAAUGCCUUCAUGUCAGGAGAAACGUCAUUCCAUAACAGAGCGUUCGUGUCGAAAUCGUCAAAUGCGUAACACCCUACUGAGUCACUGUCCUCUCUCUCCCGCUCAACCAUCUGAUAAAAGAAGACAUUCCCUAGAACGAUUUAUCCUUUCCUUCCCUCAUUCGUAAUAUGCCAGCAUAACAUUUAUACCAACCGAAAUCGUGUGAUUUAAUAAUUUUUGUUUUAUUUAAUUAUCGAGGAUAAAUAUAAUAAUAUUAAUUACUUACCGUGUGGUGGGGGAGGGGGUUGAUAGAAUAUCAUCGAAAUUAUAUCGUUAUAAUAUUAAUAAAAAUAAUAUAGUAGUACAUCUACGUCUAAAAAAUCAUCAAUGUUAUGACUGACUAUAUUCCAUGUAAUACUGCAAUUAUUGUGACGUAAAUAAUUAUUAUGAUAAUAAUAUUAGUAUUAUUUA